AUGAGGAAUUCUGACCUGCACUAUGAGUGGGAGGAUACAGACACUAGAGUAUUAUAUUUUAAUACUAAGCAUCUGUCCUGCAGGUACUACUUGCAAGGGGUGUGCCGGGAGGGGAGCAAGUGCCACUUCUCACAUGACUUAUCUACAAGCAAAUCCUCCACCAUCUGCAAGUACUACCAGAAGGGACAAUGUGCCUACGGGACACGGUGCAGGUAUGACCACACCAGGCUCCCAGCGCCGGGGGCUGCGGCAACCCGCCCCCGGCAGCCCCCCGAGCUCGGCGCCCCCGGCACCACCCGCAGCAAGAUGCAGCAGCCCGGCCGCAGGGAGAAGAGGACGCUGGUGCUGAGGGACAGAAAUCUGUGUGGCCCCAGCGAGGACAAGCAGAAGCCCAGUGCCCCGGGGGAGGUGCUGUGUUACAGCGACCAGAACGACAACCUGGAGAUGAAGCCCCAUUCCUACCUGGAAGCCAUCUGCAGCGGGCUGGAGGAGCCGGCGGGGGGCGGCUGGGGCGCCGAGGGGGAGCAGCUCUGUCCCUACGCGGCCGCCGGCGCCUGCCACUUCGGGGAGCGCUGCCUCUACCUCCACGGGGAGCUGUGUGAGAUCUGCGGGCUGCAGGUGCUCCACCCCUUCGACCCCGAGCAGAGGAAGGCCCACGAGAUGAUGUGCAUGGCCACCUUUGAGCACGACAUGGAGAAGGCCUUUGCCUUCCAGGCAAGUCAGGACAAAGUGUGCAGCAUCUGCAUGGAAGUGGUGUAUGAGAAGCCCUCGGCCUCUGAGAGGAGGUUUGGGAUCCUCUCCAACUGCAACCACACCUACUGCUUGUCGUGCAUCCGGCAGUGGAGAUGUGCCAAGCAGUUUGAGAACCCCAUCAUCAAGUCUUGCCCACAGUGCCGUGUGAUCUCCGAGUUUGUCAUUCCCAGCGCCUACUGGGUAGAGGAGCAGGAGAAGAAGAACGAACUGAUUGAAGCGUUUAAGCAGGGGGUGGGGAAGAAACCCUGCAAGUACUUUGAACAAGGGAAAGGAACCUGCCCCUUUGGAGGGAAGUGUCUUUACCUUCAUGCUUACCCAGAUGGAACACGGGCUGAACCUGAGAAGCCCCGGAAGCAGCUCAGUUCUGAGGGGACUGUGCGGUUCUUCAAUUCUGUUCGUCUGUGGGACUUCAUUGAAGACAGAGAAAGCAGGACUGUGACCAGCACAGAUGACCAAGUAACAGAACUUGGAGAACUUUUCAUGCACCUUUCUGGGGCUGAUGAGGAUUCUGCUACUUCUCAAUAAAGAGAAGGAAGGUCCUGUCCCUGCAUAGCAAUCCAGCUAUUUAUUUAGUCACGCUUCUUUCUAUGGCACAGUUAGGAUGAAUGUACCCUGUGGUUUCCUUGUGCAGUCCUGGUAAAGUCUUCAGGUAGUUUUUGUAUGGCAACAAAAAUACUAAAAUAUAUUUUAAAAGUGAAAUUGAUUGCAUGGAGAAAAA